CCAUAGCCAAAGUCCUUGCACGCAUGCGCGCAGCCGUGUUAAGCAGUCCAUCCCUCAAACCUGCCCGGGUCCAGGUCUCCUAAAGCUCCGCUGAGACUCUACACCAAACCAGGCAGAUCAUGUCGAGCUCCGGCUCACAGAAACCGUCCCGCGGUCAGAAACCUCCAAACAGACGGUCUAACGGUCUGAAGGCGAUCCACAUCGAUGAGGAGGUGAAGAUUGCGGUGCACCUGGCUCUGGAGAGGUUUCGUUAUGGUGAAGAUAAAGAGAUGGAGUUUCCCUCCUCACUGACGAGCACCGAGCGAGCCUUCAUCCAUCGAACCGCUCAGUCUCUGGGUUACAUCUCCAAGAGCAGAGGGAAAGGAACAAAGCGUGUCCUGACCCUGAGGAAGAAGGACGGUUCGGACAAACCGCGUCCCACCAUGCCGCUCUCUCUCUCCCAGAACUCGCUGUACUUCGUCCGCAGCCUGCUGCAGAGGUUCCCUCUCAGCAGUAAGGAACGUCUUGAGCUGCAGCCUGGGAACAAGAGCGGCACGUCUCCGUCUGCAGACUCUGACGGCGGCUGUGACAGGAACAGGGCGAGCGGGCGUCUGAAUAACGGGAUUCCCAUGGUCCCCCGUAGGAGGACUCCGACAGAGCUGGACGCUUUCAGACGCUCUCUGCCUGUCCACGAGCGCCAGGACGAGGUCCUGCAGCUCAUCAGAGACAACAGAGUGCUUCUGGUGCUGGGAGAGACCGGCUCAGGGAAGACCACACAGAUCCCUCAGUUUGUAAUGGACGAGUGCAGCAGGGCGGGACAGCCCUGCAGGAUUUUCUGCACACAGCCUCGACGACUCGCCGCCAUUGCUGUGGCCGAGAGAGUCGCUGCAGAGAGAGGAGAGAGUGUGGGCCAGACCGUAGGAUACCACAUCAGACUGGAGAGCAGAGUCUCUCCAAAGACGUGUCUGACCUUCUGCACCAGUGGAGUCUUCCUCCGGACGCUGAUGGCGGGAGACGCCAGCCUGACCACAGUCACACACGUCAUCGUGGACGAGGUCCACGAGAGAGACGGGCUGACGGACUUCCUGCUAAUCAAGAUGAGAGACGUCCUGCAGAAGAUCCCCACGCUCAAACUCAUCCUGUCCAGUGCUGCUCUGGAUGUAGACCUGUUCCUGCGCUACUUCGGAAACUGUCCCAUCAUCAGGCUGAAAGGUCGUCAGUUUGAAGUGAAGGAGUUGUUCCUGGAGGAUGCUCUGAGGCUGACGGGCUACAACAAAACAGAGACUAAAAAACAGACUGAGGACGCUCAGAGGAAGGAGCAGAGACACCUGACUGAGAGCUGUGAGGCUGCAGAGAGCAGACCACCUGGAGAGAGACGGACCAGCCCUCAAUCUGCUGCAGAUGUCCCACAGGACAGGUCAGGAGACUCCUUACAGCAGACGGACUGGUCAGAGCAAGUGGAGGUGUGGAUUCAGAGGGAGAUGGACAGCUGUAUCUCCAAAAUCUUCCUCCAUGAAGAGGAGGAGGCUUUCACUCAGCUGUUGAACCUCAUCCUCUACGAGGGCAUCAACGUGGACUACAGACACAGUGAGACUGGCUCCACCCCUCUGAUGGUGGCAGCGGCGCGGGGCUUCAUCUCUCAGGUGGAGCAGCUGCUGAGUAUGGGAGCAGACGUCAGCAUGAAGGCUCCUAAUGGAUGGUCGGCGUUGGACUUUGCUGAACACUUCCAGCAGACGGACGCCUUGGACCUCCUCAGAUCCUCCACUCCUGCAGGUGGUGUGGGGGUAGAGUCCUCCUCUCUGGUUCAGGGUGGAGAUGCAGAGCUGAGUGCAGAGGAGCAGGAGUUGCUCAGACUUUAUCACCACAGCUUUGAUGACGAGCGCGUGGACUUGGACCUGAUCAUGGACCUGCUGCAGAACAUCUGCUCCACCUCCACAGACGGUGCGGUUCUGAUUUUCCUCCCUGGAUACGAUGAGAUCGUGUCUCUCAGAGAUCGCAUCCUGUACGACGACAAGAGAUUCAUAGUCCACUCUGACAGGUACCAGGUGUUCACUCUCCACUCUGACAUGCAGACGUCUGAUCAGAAGAAAGCCAUGAAGACGUCUCCGCCUGGAGUCAGGAAGAUUAUUCUAUCCACAAACAUCGCAGAGACGAGCAUCACCAUCAACGACGUGGUGUUCGUCAUCGACUCAGGGAAAGUGAAAGAGAAGUCCUUUGACACGCUCAGUCACGUGUCCAUGCUAAAGACUGUGUGGAUCUCUAAAGCCAGCGCUCUGCAGAGGAAGGGCAGAGCGGGGCGCUGCAGACCCGGCAUCUGUUUCCACCUCUUCAGUCGACUCCGCUUCAGCAACAUGUUGGAGUUCCAGAUCCCACAGCUCCUCAGGAUGCCUCUGCAGGAUCUGUGUCUGCAGACCAAACUGCUGGCUCCUUCCUCCUGUCCUGUCGCUGAGUUUCUAUCUAAAGCUCCUCAGCCUCCUCCAGCCCACGCCAUCAGGAACGCUGUGCACAUGCUCAAGACAAUCGAUGCCAUGGACCAGGUCGAGGACCUGACUGACCUAGGUUACCACCUGGCUGACCUACCUGUGGAGCCUCACUUGGGGAAGAUGGUCCUGUGUGCUGUGGUUCUGAAGUGUCUGGACCCGGUCCUGACAAUAGCCUGCACGCUGGCCUACAGAGACCCCUUCAUCCUCCCUGCUCAGAGCGCUCAGAAACGAGCCGCCCUGCACUGCCGCAAACGCUUCACCUCCAACACCUUCAGCGACCACAUGGCCCUGCUCAGAGCCUUCCAGGCGUGGCAGAAGGCCCGCAGCGAAGGCUGGGAGAGAUCUUUCUGUGAGAAGAACUUUCUGUCUCAGGCCACCAUGGACAUGAUCCUGGGCAUGAGGACACAGCUGCUGGGUCAGCUGCGAGCCAUCGGUUUCGUGCGUGCUCGGGGGGGCAGUGAUAUACGUGAUGUGAACCUAAACUCUGAGAACUGGGCUGUUGUGAAGGCGGCCCUGGUGGCUGGCAUGUAUCCAAACCUGGUCCACAUGAACCAGGAGACCUCACUGCUGUCCAGUAACAGAGAGAAGAAGGUCAUCUUCCACCCCACAUCUAUCCUGAGCCCCGCCCACAACAAAGAGCCUGACGCUGUGCGGUCACCGGGGACCCUCCCCACAGACUGGCUGAUCUACAACGAGAUGAGUCGAGGUCACAGGGUGGCAAGUGUUCGGUGUUGCUCCGUGGUCACGCCUGUCACGGUGGCUGUCUUUGGAGGCUGUUCUAGACUUCCAGACUCCGCCCUGCAGGAACCUGCUGGACGCACAGACACAGACAAUCCUCUGGAUGAUGUCAGUGACAGUGAGGCAGAGGAGCUGGCUGAGAUGAAGAUUGAUGACUGGAUGGUGUUCCAGUUGGACGGUGAGGCUGCAGGUCUGGUGUUUGAUCUCAGGCAGAAGUGGCAGAAUCUGUUCAUUAGGAGGAUCAGGUGUCCUUCAAAACCCUGGACCCAACAGGACGAGGCCAUCAUCAGAGCACUUGUGUCAGUUCUGUCAGCAGAGGAGCAGGGGGUGGGGCUUCAGCAGCCCACUGGGAUUGGUCAGAGACCACGGCCCAUGUCAUCAGAGGAUGGACCCCAGGCGUCCGCGAAGAACUGCAGGAACAGCCCCCAACCAGCCCCCCAAAACAGCAGUGACAGGUCCUUGAGGACAGCAGGCUCUGGACGUCCUCAGAUGAAGUCUCACAGCAGAGAGGAGAACCAGGUGUGUGAACCCGCCUCCCCCAGUAACUCCUUCUCCUCUGAAAGCCCUGCCUCCUCUGGAAAGGUAAAGAUCACUGAAGCACACUGUUGCUCUCCUGCAGGUGUCUCACACGCCAUCUCCUCAGCUGGUCUUCUCCUCCAUCAGAUACUUCAUCAUGAAGAGCAGCAACACGAGGAACAUCGAGAUCUCCCAGCAGAGAGGCAUGUGGUCCACCACGCCCAACAACGAGACCAAGCUGAACCGAGCCUUCAUGGACAACAGCAUCAUCAUCCUCAUCUUCUCUGUGCAGGGCUCAGGACACUUCCAGGGAUACGCACGCAUGACCUCCGCCGUCAGCAGGGACAGCUGUCAGGACUGGGGCCUGGUGGGUUUAGGAGGAGUGUUCAGCAUGGAGUGGAUCCACAGAGAGAGUCUGCCCUUCCACUGCAGCCAGCACAUCAUCAACCCCUGGAACGACCACAAGAAGGUCCAGAUCAGCAGGGACGGACAGGAGUUGGAGCCUCACGCAGGCGGUCAGCUGUUGUUACUGUGGGAGAGAAACAAUGAAGUCCAAUAAGAGGAAGACGGAGCUCCUCUUCCUCCAUCAAGUCUGACUCUGACAACACAUCCUGUUCCUGGACUCUGACAGACAUCAGUGUUUUUAUACGUCACGGACUUCCUGUUUAUUCAAACAGAACGUUCGGACAGCAGGAGAGGAGUCCUUCAUGAGUUUACUCCUUUUUUCUGUUUAAGACUUUCUCCUGCAGGUUCUAAUCAAGUGUUCUUUUUGGUACUCCUGCAGAUUCUAUUCAUGUGUUCUUUAUGGUACUCCUGCAGGUUCUAUUCAUGUGUUCUUUUUGGUACUCCUGCUCUGUUGGAGUACGUCCUGAGGGCAGCACAGUUGAUUCAGGAUGUUGUAAAGAUGCAGCCUCGGUGCUGUUCUGAACAUAGACUGUGUAUAAGAAGCUCUUUAGCAGCUUUAAAACUCCUCACAGAGACCAGAGACCAGAACUCCAACCAAACACUAAACUAGACAUCUUUCACCACCUGUAACUCCCAGGCGUCUUCUGUCUGACUCCUCCCCCUAUCUGACUCCUCCCCCUACCUGACUCCUCCCCCUCUUCCUGCUCUCUAGAGACUGAAACCAUGAAUGCAUUAGUGUUUACUGAGGGAACAAAUCAGCUUAGGAGGAGGAGGAACAUUUACUACAGACUGAUAUACAAUCAGAGGAGUCGCCCCCUGCUGGAGGUUAGAGAGAACACAGGUUUAAGGCUUUUUUAGACACAGUCUAUGUAUAAACACACUGACCUGUGUUUACAGCACAUCAACAUGUUCCUCUCAUUCAGAGUUUAAAUGUUCUUAUGUUAAAGCUUCAUCUGAUGAUGUCAUCUCGCCUCAGGCUGCAUUAUCACUGACAGUAUAUUGAUUUCCCUCCAUGUUUAUGAAAAACUUAAUUUAUGUGUUUGGGUGUUUGAAGCUUUUUAAAGGUUGCUGCUGGACAAGGGGACGUUGAGUGUUUGUUGAGUUCAGGCGUCCUCAGAGACGUGAUGAUAAUAAAUUUGAUUCCGCCUUAAA